AUGGCUGGUUUGUUAACCGGUGAUACCUCUCUCCAUGGAGUUUUUGAAUCCGGAGCUCCUAAAGGCUCUCAGGAGAAGCCAGAAGAAGGUGGUGGUAGAUGGUAUUUUUCUAGGAAAGAAAUUGAAGAAAAUUCUCCCUCUAGACGAGAUGGAAUCGAUUUGAAGAAAGAGACUUAUUUGCGCAAGUCAUAUUGUACAUUCUUGCAGGAUCUAGGGAUGAGGCUUAAAGUCCCUCAAGUAACAAUUGCAACGGCAAUAAUUUUUUGUCAUCGGUUCUUCCUUCGCCAGUCACAUUCAAAAAAUGACAGAAGAACUAUAGCCACUGUCUGUAUGUUUCUUGCUGGAAAAGUUGAAGAAACUCCUCGCCCUUUAAAGGAUGUAAUACUUGUAUCUUAUGAAAUAAUUCACAAGAAGGAUCCUGAAGCAGUGCAAAGGAUCAAGCAAAAGGAUAUAUACGAACAACAGAAAGAACUAAUUUUGCUUGGUGAGAGAGUAGUUCUGGCAACCCUUGGAUUUGAUCUCAAUGUGCUACAUCCAUAUAAGCCCCUUGUCGAGGCAAUAAAAAAAUUCAAGGUUGCUCAAAAUGCCCUCGCGCAGGUGGCUUGGAACUUCGUGAAUGAUGGGCUUCGGACGUCUUUAUGCUUGCAAUUUAAGCCCCACCAUAUUGCAGCAGGUGCCAUUUUUCUUGCUGCAAAGUUCCUCAAAGUAAAGCUCCCAUCUGAUGGCGAGAAGGUUUGGUGGCAAGAGUUUGAUGUCACUCCACGCCAAUUGGAGGAGGUUAGCAAUCAAAUGCUGGAACUGUAUGAGCAAAACAGAGUGCCACCUUCUCAGGCUAGCGAAGCUGAAGGCAGUGCUGGAGGCACUCCGCGGCCUCCACCAAAAGCUCCUGGUACCAAUGAAGAGAGCAGCACAAACCAUUCUCAUUCUCAGGGUGGUGUUGCUUCUGCUAAGCCUGGAUUAUCGAAGUCAGCUUCUAGGGUCACUGCCGAUCAAUCACAUCCUGAUAAUCAUCUUGGUACUGCAAGGUCUACUCAGAAUCGAAGUAAUGAUUAUGGAAGUUCUGAAGCGCAUAACCAUUCAGAUUUUAAGGGGGACGGUGAGCUCAUUGACAACCAGCGCCAUGAACAAGAGCCUUAUCCUAAUACUGGAGAGGCAGCAAAUUCAUUCAGAUAUGCAUCGGGGGGCCAUAAAGAUGAAUAUGAAGAAAAGAGCGAUGGUAGGAUUGAAAAUAGGGAUACAGGGGAGCAACAAAAAGACAAAUCUCAUGGUCGUAUUUCAGAAAACAAGGAUGGUUCGGUUGGCCAGUCACCUCAGCAAGGCCCGAAGUUGGACAAGAACAAGUUGAAGGCUCAAAUUGAGAAAAGAAGGAAGUCACGUCCAGAUAUAUCUCGAAAAUUUGAUGUUAUGGAUGAUGAUGACCUGAUAGAAAGAGAAUUGGAAGAUGGUAUUGAAUUAGCUACUGAGAAUGAAAAGAUCAAGUCGGAAAGAGAACAAAGUUUGUCCAAACGUACUUCAAACAGGCUGGAGCAUCACGAGAGUUCGCAUCAAUUCAAGCAUCCUGAUGAGGCAGGAGAUGGGCAUAACUCAUUAACGAAGGGGCAGUUCUCGCAUGGAGAAGAUUUUGAUAACGUGGAGGAAGGAGAACUAGAACCGUUUGAUAAUGCUGACCGGGGAUAUCAGUCUCCAAAGUCGAAUAAUCGCAAGCGUAAAGCUGGCAGUCCUACUGACAAGUUAGUAGAGGGAAAACAACGGCAGCAUGAUUACAUGGGAUCGCAUAACCAUAGCCACCAUGACUAUCCUGAAGAUCGGAAUCGGAUUGGUAGGCUUGGUUAUUCUGAAAGGGAUCACAAAAGGCAUGCACAAGAGAAUCACGUUUAA